AUGUCCAAUCGUUUAGAAGCCGCUGUGGGCAGACUGCUCUGUACACGACGCGAAACAUACGUGUACCGUGCAUCUUUGACAUCCGGGAAGGCCUCCUUUGCUUCUCAUUGCCAUGCUCACAUCCGCCCCGAUGCGUCGAAGCCCACAUUCCUUCAACUAACCAACUCACAUCUAAUCUCGCAUCUCAUCAUCCAUCACCGCCAUGGAAGCUGCCAUGCGCUCCGCUUCCUCCCUCCUAACAAUCCCUCUAUUCCCCCUCCCCGCCCUCUCCCUAGGCAAUCCCAUCAAGCUCACAGCCCUCGUCUUUCUCUUCCUCGUGCUCCUCAUAAUCCUCAUCGCCCGUCUCCGCUACCUCCCGCACCUCCAAAAGCUUGCCCUGCAUGCGCUGCGCCGGAAUGGCCCGAUCCCCUCGCACAUCGCUUUCAUAAUGGACGGCAACCGCCGCUGGGCGCGUCGCAGCGGUCUCGAGUCGCACGAAGGGCACCCGCAAGGCGGCGAGAAGCUCAUCGAAUCUCUACAGUGGUGUCUCGAGGCCGGCGUGCGCCAUGUAACGGUCUAUGCUUUCUCCAUCGAGAACUUCAAACGCCCGGCGCGCGAGGUCGACGAGAUCUUCCAGCUCGCCCUGCACAAGUUCCACGACCUCAACGAUCGCCAGAGCCUCAUCCACGAGAAGAGGGUCCGGGUGCGCGUGCUCGGCAAUAUGAAAAUGAUUCCUAA